AUGCAGCCGUCAUGGAUCCUCUUCAGUUUCACAUGGGAGUUGACCGCCCCGGGGAGAUGGCACAUUGCAAGGAGCGCGAUGCUGAAGGAAUCUCCAUUCUAUCAACACUAUGACCUAGAUCUGAAGGACACACUACUGGGAGAAGGAAGCUUUUCAAUCUGCCGAAAGUGCAUUCACAAAAAAAGUAACCAAGCAUUCGCAGUCAAAAUAAUCAGCAAAAGGAUGGAAGCCAGCACUCAGAAAGAGGUGACAGCUCUGAGACUCUGUGAAGGACACCCCAAUAUUGUGAAAUUACAUGAAGUUUUUCAUGAUCAGCUUCACACAUUUCUAGUGAUGGAACUUCUGAAUGGGGGAGAGCUGUUUGAACGCAUUAAGAGAAAGAAGCAUUUUAGUGAGACGGAAGCCAGCUACAUCAUGCGGAAGCUGGUUUCAGCUGUUAGCCACAUGCAUGACGUCGGAGUGGUACACAGAGAUCUGAAACCCGAGAAUUUAUUGUUUACUGAUGAAAAUGACAAUUUGGAAAUUAAAGUCAUUGAUUUUGGGUUUGCACGCUUGAAGCCACCUGAUAAUCAGCCUCUGAAGACACCGUGUUUCACUCUUCACUACGCUGCCCCAGAGCUCUUGAAUCACAAUGGCUAUGAUGAGUCCUGCGACCUCUGGAGCUUGGGCGUCAUUUUGUAUACAAUGUUGUCAGGGCAAGUUCCAUUUCAGUCUCAUGAUAAAAGUCUGACAUGCACCAGUGCAGUGGAAAUCAUGAAGAAAAUUAAAAAGGGAGAUUUCUCCUUUGAAGGAGAAGCCUGGAAGAAUGUAUCCCAAGAGGCUAAAGAUUUGAUCCAAGGACUCCUCACAGUCGAUCCAAACAAAAGGCUUAAAAUGCCUGACUUGAGAUACAAUGAGUGGCUUCAAGAUGGCAGUCAGCUGUCGUCAAAUCCUCUGAUGACUCCAGACAUUCUGGGCUCUUCAGGAGCCGCGGUGCACACGUGUGUGAAAGCCACCUUCCACGCCUUCAACAAAUACAAGAGAGAGGGGUUCUGCCUGCAGAACGUGGACAAGGCCCCGCUGGCGAAGAGGCGGAGGAUGAAGACCAGCACCAGCACCGAGACGCGCAGCAGCUCCAGCGAGAGCUCGCGCUCACCGUCCUCCCACUCGCAGGGCAAGCGCACGCCCCCCGCGGCGCUGCAGCCUGGCCCGCCUGCCGAGGGCGGCGCGCCCGAGAGCCCCUUCCAGUUCUCGGACUGGGCGCCGCGGCGCCCGGAGGCCAGGCCUGUGCUCCGAGAAGCGCACCCCGCUGGGCCCGCUGGCAUCUGCCCCGUGGGGGAUUUUCCCAGGAAAGCCCAGUUGGUUAUCCUCGUCCAGAAGCACCGGCGGAGAACGGGACUGAGUGGAGCGCACGGCAUGCCGUUAGUGACCGGGAUGACGCCCGCACGACUGUCCUGA